AGAGAACGCCAAUGUCUUCUACUUGUCUCCUUUUCUUCUCUAUAUAGUCUAUCACCUCCUUUUCUUUCUCUGUCUAAAAAUUCAGUUCACCUUGUUUUCUUCCUUGUUUUGAUCACAAGCUAGAAUUCUUUCGAUCGAUUUGGAUACUAGAAAGUUUCUGGCAAUAUGGGAUCAAGAAUACAAGCAUGUUCAGAUACUUCAAGCGAAGAAAAUGAUCGGCAACAAGUCAAAGAAGACGCAACCACCAUUACCACUAAUACCGCUAAACGUUCUUAUGAGUGCAGCUUCUGCAAGAGAGGAUUUACCAACGCGCAAGCUUUAGGUGGGCAUAUGAACAUACAUCGCAGAGAUCGAGCAAAGACGGCCAAGCAAGUUAUGUCUUCUUCUUCAUCAUCAAUUUCAAGCAAAACUAAUGAGGAACACACAAAACCUAAUUAUAUUGGGUCAAUUUCAAGUGAACCCAUGAAUUACUAUCAAGUUUUGGAGUCUCAAAAGAAUUAUCCAAUGUAUUUUCAACCAUCUGGGUCAUCUAGCCCUAGACAGGUGCCACAAGUUUAUUAUAAUUAUGGAAGUGAUGAUUUUCUUGUCCCACGAAAUAACAAGUCUUUGAGCAGGGAUGAAGAAUGUUGGGGUGCAAAUUUGAGCUUGCAGCUUGGGUCUAAUCAUUUACAAGAUAAUGGAAUGAAUAUGGAAGUUGCAAAAGAAGAUGAAGUGGAUUUGGAGCUUCGACUUGGUCAUGAUCGAUUAUAGAUCAUCUCUUCCUCUCUCUCUCUCUCUCUCUCU